UCGUGCACCUGUGGAGAAAUAACCGCGUGCGUGUAGUUCACAGUUCGCCCCCUCGUUGAGAUAUCAUAACUUGUCAACAAGCUGGAAAGACGAAACAGGCCAGCGUUCCAAGCAAAGACAGAGAGUGUGGCUUUGAAGAUGAAUAUUCAACGAGGAUUGUUUUUGGUAAUAAUCAUCAUCAUCACCGCCGGCUCCGUCUGCGUUGAGUGCGGGAUGAGGCAUCAGUACGAAAAGCUGGGCUCAACAGUGAAGCUCACCUGUGGAAUUCCUGAAGGGCACGAAGAACCUUUGGUGUGGAAGCACGAUGGACAGACCUGGACAACACCAACAACACCAGUGCCGGCAUUGUCAUCAUCAGCUGGAUACGACGUUGACGAUGGCGGUUACAGUGGCGUAUCGUCGUCCACCGAUUACGAUGAUGACGAAUACGAUGAAUAUGAUGGCGACGAGAUGGAGGUUCUCACCCUGAGAAAUGUUAACGUGUCCAGCCGUGGAAUCUACAGCUGUCAUACGUCACCUACGACAGAGCCACUCGAUGAGAUUGCACUCCUGCUGGGACACCCUCCAACGAAGCCGGCCAUCACGUGCCGCUCCUUUGACUACCCGGAGAGCUUCGAAUGCGAGUGGCGAGCGGGCAGGGACACGUUCCUCAACACUUCCUACAGCGCCUCUUACACGAAUCCACGGGAUGUCGAGCUGCGCGCGUGUCCUGCAACGGGGCCCAUGUCCUGCCGUGUGCAUCAGUUGGUGAUGUUCUCUGCGAACGAAUAUGGUGUGGAAGUGGUGGCCACGAAUGUCCUGGGAUCAGCCCGUGGCGUCGUCUUCUUCAAUAUACUGGACAUCAUUGUUCCAGACCCCCCGGAGAACAUCACGGCCCAAAGGACAUGCGCGUCCGUGAUCCGCGUGGUGUGGCAAAAGCCUCACAGGUGGACGAAGGACGGAGCCUUCUUUCUCAUGUACAAGCUCAAGAUCAGCACAUCGGCUGCGCCGGGCAUUGAAAUCGAUGUCCCCGAGGAGGACAUCAAGCUGGUGACCUGCGACCCCGCACCCACGCUGCUCUACGACCUGCCGGACUCGCGGCUCGGCACGGAAUAUCACGUGCAGAUGGCCGCCUUCGAAGGACUUGGCGAUGGCUCGCAGAGCGAGUGGAGUGAACCCGUGCCCGUCUCACCGGUCACAGGUUCAUCCUGUCCGGUAACAGGAACUCCUACACCAACUCCCAAGACUCAAUCGCUGAGAUACCGAGACAGUUUGAUGUGUGCAUACGAGGAGGAAGCGGAGGAUAUCGCGACAACCACGGAAGAAACCACCACCACCACCAGCACCACCACCAGCAGCAGCAGCGUAGCCGACAUGGCCCAGCCCACAGGAGACGGAGGUGAGCACCCAGCACUUUCCUGCAUUCUGAUCGCUCCGCUGAGCAUCUUACUGCUGAGAUAGACGCUCACAACCAUUCCGCCUGCCGGUCAACGCCCUUGGAGACGGGGCAUAUGGGAGUGA